CUGAAAAAUGUGCAGCAGAAUAAAAUCUUUAAAGAGAAUAAGAAAAAGACACAGCAGAGAGAAGAGCCUUUUCCUGCAGAUUCGGUAGACUCACUGAUGGCAGAAAUGCCAUUUGUCAGCACAGAUAUUGAAGAUGAAUUUGUUAUGAAUGCAACCUCUGAAAUCAAUGUAAAAAAGAAAAGAAAGAGGACUACUGGAAAGGAAAUUGAAGAAGGCAGUGAGAGGAAGAAGAAAAAGAAAAAACAGUAUCUGCCAAAUUAUUUCAUUUCUCUUCCAAUUACAAAUCCAGAGAUUACUGGCAGUAUUCAGGCUGUCCAAGAUGCAAUAGUACAAAAGGAUCAAAGGCUUUCCAAAGCAAUGAUUCACUCUGGCUCCUUGCAUGUCACCAUGUUCGUGAUGCAUUUAUCCAAUGAAGAAGAAAUUCGCAUAGCAGUUGGUGCUCUUUCAGACAGCAAGGAUUUUGUAGAAGAUCUCCUGAGAGGAAAAACGGUGGAUUUGUCUUUUCAAGGAAUUGAUCACUUCAGAAAUGAGGUUGGAUUUGUGAAGUUAGCAGAAAAUGAUCAUGCAACUGUACUUAAGGAAAUAGCAGAGACUAUGAAGAAGAUAUUUCAAGAAAAGGGCAUCUUGGUAGGAGAAGAAAGAGCUUUUAAACCACAUCUGACCUUCAUGAAGUUGUCAAAAUCAACACAGCUACGUAAGCAGGUGAAAAAAAUUGACUCAAGCCUGUAUGAAGAUUUUAAAAGUCAUUACUUUGGAGAUGAAAUCCUACACUGCCUAGAUCUUUGCUCCAUGUUGAAAAAAAAGCAACCAAAUGGUUACUACUACUGUGAGUCCUCUAUUGUUUUUAGUGAGAAACACGCAGCAGAGCCAGACGAUGCAGAGCUGGUGAGCCUCAGCAAGAGGCUGGUGGAGAACGCGGUGCUGAAGGCUGUGCAGCAAUAUUUAGAAGAAACACAAAACAAAACCAGACAGACUGAUGGGAGCCCCAUGAAAACUGAAGAAGCGGCAAGCGGCAGUAAGAAUGAGAGCGACCUUGAUAACAGCAAGUGA